AUGACCCAAAUAUCUACAUUAGCUGAAACUUAUGAUAGACGAUUCUUAAAAAUUACAACUGAUUCAAUCAAUCAAUCAUUUAAAAUAUCAAACGAAAUACAAAAAAAAAAAAAAAAAAAAAAAAUCACAAAAACUAACUUUUUUUAUUUUUUUUUUAUUUUUUUUUAUUUUUUUUUUGUGAUUUAUUUAUAUCUUAACUAUGUAAGUUUAGCUAUUGUAAAGAAUAUAAUAUCCAGAGAUAAUAUUUACAGAUCAUGGAUGGCAGCCUAA